GAAGGACGGGGGGGCUGCUCUGUGGGGACACCCAGGGGUGCUGCCACGCCGUGUGUCCCCUCCCCAGCGCUGGCCGCCGGGUUCCCGGGAGGGGACGAGUGCCUGGAGGAGGACGAGGAGGAGCUGGAGCCGGGGCUGGACGAGGCGGAGCCCGAGGCCGGGGCCGGGGGGAAGGCGGCGGGGGGCGCGAGGGGGGCUGUGCUCACCCGCAGGGGCAUCACCCUGCGUGUCCUGCUCCGAGACGGGCUCCUGGAGCCGGGCAGGGGCGUCCUCUCCAUCUACUACCUGGGCAAGAAGUUCAUGGGGGACCUGGGGCCGGAUGGGACCAUCACGUGGCAGGAGACGGGGCAGGUGUUCAACUCUCCCAGCGCGUGGGCCACGCACUGCAAGCGCCUGGUGAACCCUGCCAAGAAGUCGGGCUGCGGGUGGGCGUCCGUGCGCUACAAGGGCCAGAAGCUCGACCAGUACAAAGCCGCCUGGCUGCGCCGCCACCAGCCCAACGUGCCGCCCCCCGAGGAGGGCCUGGCCAGCGAGGGCGAGGAGGAGGAGAUGCCCGAGGAGGAGGAGGAGGAGGCAGCCAGGGAGGGGAGGGUGCCGAUGCCAGAGCCCAUCCCUCCCAAAAAACCCGAGGAGAGGAGCAAGAAGCAGCAGUGCAAGAGCCCAGCCGAGCAGGCAGGGGCGGAUCCCGGCGCUCCAGGGAAAAGGCUGGAGGUGAAGCCGAGGGUGCCCGUGCGUUACUGCACCCUGGGCACCCGGGACUCGGCCAGGAACCCCCAGACCCUGGUGGAGGUGACGUCCUUCGCUGCCAUCAACAAAUUCCAGCCCUUCAACGUGGCCAUCUCCAGCAACGUCCUGCUGCUGCUGGAUUUCCACAGCCACCUGACGCGCAGUGAGGUGGUGGGAUACCUGGGGGGGCGCUGGGACACCAACACGCAGCUGCUGACGGUGCUCCGAGCCUUCCCGUGCCGGACCCGCCUGGGUGACGCCGAAGCCGCCGGUGCCGUGGAGGAGGAGAUCUGCCAGAGCCUGUUCCUGCGGGGGCUGUCGCUGGUGGGGUGGUACCACAGCCACCCCUUCGGGCCGGCGCUGCCCUCGCUGCACGACAUCGAUGCGCAGAUGGAUUAUCAGCUCAAGCUGCAGGGCAGCGGCAACGGCUUCCAGCCCUGCCUGGGGCUCAUCUGCGGGCCCUACUUCCACGGCAACCCCGGCGUGGAGUCCCGGAUCGCGCCCUUCUGGGUGAUGCCCCCACCCGAGCAACGGCCCAACGACUACGGCAUCCCCAUGGAGGUGGAGGUGUCCUACAUCCAGGAUGGAUUCCUCACCAACGACGUGGUGCAGGAGAUGACGCUGCUGGUGGAGUUUUAUAAAGGGGCCCCCGACCUGGUGAAGUUCCAGGAGCUGUGGAGUCAGGACCAGACCUACCUGGACAAGCUGAAGGGCUCCCUGGCCUCCCGCACCCCCAAAGAGCAGAGCUUCGCCCACGUCCUGGAGCAGAUUUACAGCCUCCUGAAGCUCAGUGGCUGAGGGGCCCCUGAGCCCCAUCGACUCGGACCAGG